GCACCCCUUAAACCCCAACUUUUAGCAAACCCUCUCCUUGUCCUUGCUUUUGGUCCACUUUGUCCUUCCCCUCUUCCUCCUCUCGCAUUGGAGUAGAAUCGAUUGGGCUGCUAGGGUUUGAUCCUACCCUUCCUGGCACGAUGGCGCAUCCGCCCCCGCGGAACUGGGCCAUGGCGCCGCCGUACCACUACCACGGGACGUCGCAGCAGGAGCAGGCGGUGCCAGCCGCGGAGGAUGAGAGCGGAGCCGGGUCCGGAGGGCAGGAGGCGGAGUCGAGGUCACUCCGGAUCCGCGAGCUUUUCCCCUGGAUGGACGAGGACUACCUGCGCAGCUGCUUCACCCGCUCGCCCGAGCUUGUGACAGCAGUGAUAACGCGGAACAAGGAGACCAAGCAAUCUGAGGGUUUCGGUUAUCUUACCUUUUCUGACCAUGCCACUGCUGACCAAAUCCUCCAGAGCUACAAUGGCCAGAAGAUGCCUAAUGCUGACAGGGAUUUCAGCCUCAGCUGGGUCCACUAUGCUGGUCCUGAUGAUGAUUGUGCCAUAUAUGUUGGGGGAUUGGGCUUUGAUGUUACAGACUUCAUGCUACACCACGUGUUCAAGAAUCGCUAUCCAUCAGUUAAGAGGGCAAAAGUUAUAUGGGAUUUUUUUGCUAGACGCUCAAAAGGCUAUGGGUUUGUUGUGUUUGGAGAUGUCAAUGAACGCACACAAGCAAUGACUGAAAUGAAUGGAGCAUACUGUUCUUCUAGGCCUAUGCGUAUCGGACCUGCUACCUUCAAGAGUGAUUUUCGUACACAAGGGACAUAUUCUGAUUCUAACCAGAGCAAUAGCAGACUUUUUGUUGGUCAACUUGAUUCAUGUGUGACUGAUGAGGAUCUAGAUAAAGCCUUCAGUCCUUAUGGAGAGCUUACUGUCAAGGUAAUAGAGGGGAAGAACUGUGGCUUCGUCACAUAUUCGAGCAGGGCAUCAGCUGUGGAGGCUAUGACAAUUCUAAAUGGAAGCCAGCUGGGAGAUAAUAUCAUAACAGUUAACUGGGCUCGUCCUGCUCCUAAGAAGCAGGACCAAUGGAAUGGUGUGGACUAUGGACACCCCCAAAGCUCUGGUCCUGGUUAUGGUUGCUGUCACGAGGAUCCUAACAUUCUUGGUUACACAGGCCAUCCUGGAUAUGCAUAUCACCAACAGCAGCAGCCACAGCAGACCCCAGUACAGUGAGGACGCCAGAGCAGGGAACGUCUCAGUCGCAGGGUGCAGCGGGAUUCUUGUGACAUAAAACUCAGGAGGACUUUUGCUGGAAAUAACUGUAUUAGUUACUCAAGAUGCCUGGAACGACAUUUUUUGUGGCAAGUUUAUUUCUCUGGGGAAUAGUUGCCCGUGUAGCUGAUGUGUUUCUCAUUUUGUUGUGCACCAUCACACAAAUUCCCUGAGAUGCCUGGAACAACUUUUUUGGAGGAGAGAAUUUUCGGGAAUA